AUCAAAGCCCAGUCCCUUGGAUUGGCCCCGUCGUCACCCGCGCUCCCGACGAACUAGGUUGAGCGCCGCCGCCGUCUUCCUGGUCGACGGCGAGCUCCCGCCUCUCCGCCCUCCGCACCCAUUCCCGUAUCUCUAUCUCUCCACGGGAGCUCGACCCCGUCGCCCUCUCCCUCCACGGGAGUUCGGCCGCAACGACCGGCCGUCGCAGGACACUGGUCCUAUCCCAUGCAACCGCCUGGACGCCGCGCUGGAGGCUCUCGCGGAUGCCGGGAGGCGGGAAGCGUUCCUCCACAACGCCGUGAUCCCGGGCUUCGCUGACGCGGGCCUCCCGGGCAGCGCUCUCGCCGCCGUCCCGCGCCUGACCGCUUCACCUUCCCCGUUCUCCUCAAGUGCUGCGCGCGUCGAGGCGCCCUCGACGAUGGCCUCGCCGCCAAAUACCAGUCUCAGCAUAACUCUCUAAUCGCGUUCUACGCCAGGCUAAACACUGUCUCAGCAUCGUCGGGGACGCUGAGAGGGUGUUCGACGGAAUGCCGGCCAGGGACAUCGUCACGCGGAACUCGAUGGUGGACGGAUACGUGUCCACUAGACUCUCGCGGCGCUGGCCCUGUACUGCUUCAGGGAGAUGCGCGAGGUGCGGCAUGACAGAGUCGGGAUUAUCCACCGCCCUUGCCGUUUGCUUCUUGAAAUAGGCCUUGAUGCAAGGGCAUGGUCUGGAGGAAGACGUCAAGGUCGGCACCUCUCUUCUUGACAUGUGCUGCGAGUGUGGUGCCAUUGCUUCUGACGAAGGCGGCGGCGAUGAUUGAGGAGGUGGACGGGAUGCUUGGCAUGCCAACGGAGCAUCUCCGACACUCUCCUUGAGCUGGAUCACGGUCUGCGCAGAGACAUCCACUCCAAGCUCAAGAUAAGAUGCUUGUCAGCUACGUCGACAACCUCCCUCCAUGAUCAGAGGUUCUGAUGCAAGUACUGUCACCAGACGAGCCCGAGACAUUGACUGAUCUUCUGAGUGUUGCUGUCAGAUUAGAGAGUAUGAUUUUCGUAGUAGCUGUUAACGAGGUUGAUUAUAAUUAUAAGCUGUAUAAGAGAAUGGAUCAUUUAGAGGACAUUUUAUCAGAUAAUCAUUUUGAGGAUAUAUCAUCAGAUGAUCAUUUUGAGGACAUCUCAUCAGAUGAUCAUUUCGAGGACAUUCCAUCAGAUGAUCAAAUGUUUGGACCCUCAACUGCGACGCUUCUGCGAGGAAUUUUUAGUGAUCGACAGAGUCAAAGCAUUCAGGUACAGAGCAACCUCCAGAGGGUGCUAUCUAGUGGUAAUACAAAAGCAACAGUGCCUAUAGGAAAUGAAGAGAAGCCUUGCUGUGAUGACAAUGACAGGAUUAGCGUCCUUCAUGAGAGCAUACUCCAUUAUAUCAUGUCCUUCAUGCCAGCACAGGACGUCGUACACACAAGCAUGCUAUUCCGAAGAUCGCACCCAUUAUGGACUUCAGCGCCAUGCCUUGAUAUCGAUAUUGAUCACUUCGAUAUGGACAGAGUAAAGUUCAACAAGUUUGCAAAAGGUUUGUUUGAAGGUUUGUUUGAGUGGCGGGGUGAUGCUAAUACAUUGGACACACUCCACCUUCACUCUUUUGCCAUUGAUGCAGCCAAGUAUUGGAUCAAUGAUGCUAUCAAUGUUCAUAAAGUUAAAUCGAUUGAUUUCACUGAAAAUACAAGAUGGGAAGCUUUUUACUUGGAUCCUAAAGCUAUCAACUUUAGGUCUCUAUAUCUGCGAAGUAUGAAGCUCACUAAUGUUAUAAUAGUCACAUCUGUCUUUGAUGAGCUCAGCCGUGAGUGCCCAUCUUUGGAAAAUCUGCAGUUGGCAAACAGCACUCUUUGUUGUCCUGAGAUUUCAUCAAGUUCAUUGGAGACUCUGGAGAUUUCAUCCAGUUCAUUGAAGACUCUGGAAAUAAUAAACUGCUUAGUUUUAAAUCAUCUUCUGAUCCGUACUCGCAAACUGGUCUCGUUAUGCUUCAAGGACACUCGAUGUAGGUGCACUCCAAAAUACAUCGUUCGAACUACAUCAGCAGUAAUCCUAUGUGAUCUUUCAAACGCCAAGAGCAUAGAACUGCAAGCACCAGUGAGACAUGUUGCAUUCGAUAGAAUGGCUUCAAGGCGCCUAAUGUUCAUCAGUCUGACAAGUCUCAUUCUUGGUGAAUGGUGUCUUUCCAACAAAUGUGCUCCUCUAGCUUGCUUCCUCAAGCACUCUCCUAUGCUUGAGAAUCUUGAUCUGAAGCUCAAGUUUGACUGUGAAGAGCAAAAGCAGCCGCUUCGAACGGCUGAGGGGAUAUCAUUCCAAGCCGAACGCCUUAAGAAGAUAACGAUCCACUGCGCCGAAAAGGAGGACAGACUUCCCGUGUUGAAGGCUAUACUGCUUGCCAAUGCAAGAUCUGUCAAGCACAUCAACGUCAAGACGUACUCUUAGGGUGCUGCACCUAGCGUUCGUCUGCAUAUGGGAUGCAUCUUUGCAUACCGCUUUCGCUGUGACAUGUGUGAGACCCGAUGCAGCUAGACAUUUGGUUGUUGAAUGUUGUGUUACAUGGUCCUGUUAACAUUUACCGCUGCGCGACUUGUGGAAAACUUGCUUGCUACCAUUUAUCUAGGUUGAUCGAUGAACACUACAACUCA